AAGGAUCGACUAUAACAUGGCACCAGGAACCAAUCUAUACCCGGAUUCCACGCAGGUCAAGGACUUUGCGUACGCCGAGCUGCACCCACUUCACAGCGCCUGGCAGGAGCCUCGCUCAGUGUUUGAUGAGGAAGAGGAUGACGAUAUGCUUGACUAUGACUACGGGUUCUACCCAAGAGCCAACACUAAUGACAAUGAAGAUGAUGAUAAUGACUAUAAAAACAACGAUGAUAACAUGGAGAUUAACCAGCGGGCGGUGGUGCUCUUUGACUUUGCCCCUGAAAAUGAAAAUGAAGUUGCUUUGACGGAAGGACAGAUUAUCCUUAUUAGCUAUCGCCAUGGGCAAGGGUGGUUGGUGGCAGAAGAUCCUGACACGGGGGAGAACGGGCUUGUGCCGGAGGAGUACGUGCAGAUACUUGAAGACUCCACUAAGGAGAUUCCUCGACCGUUUCUACCCGAGAUUUUACAGGAGCCUAUAGGUGAGAUGGCGGAGAGUGAGAGUGAGUGGCUUGACACGGAUGACGAGGACCCGGAGAAGGGGGUGGAUGAGUUGGUGGGACAUGUUCAGAGUGUGCUGAUUGGGAGGUAGGGAGACACUGACAGAUAUUUGAAGAUGAUGUGAAGGUCAAUUGAAGAACAUUCUGAAGGUAAUUUGAAUGAUUUACUAAAGCUCAUGUGCUGAUGCUCGAGAACUAAAUAGAUGCUGUUCAGAUCAGAUGUAUCACUCCUGUCCGUUCCACCAGAUCAAUCGAGUGUCAAAUACUGACAAACCACUAAAUACUGACAAACAACUCACAUACUGACAACCACUAAAUACUAACCACAACUGACAACAGUCUACCACGACUCUCCUAUGUACAUAUGUAGUUACUAAUACACCAAUAGAC